GCGGCCGGGGAGCGGCGCCCAGACCGGUUCCACCGAAACCUCGGGCUUCCGCCCACCGCUGCCCGGCGCUCAGCCCUGCGCCGGAUCCCGGCAAAACUAGGACCCGGGCGGGAGGAAUCCGGCUGGGAAGCGGGGCCAGCGGGCCUGUCCGCAGCUCCCGCCUGGAGCUGAAGGGUCGGGAACCCGGCUCCCUCGGGGUCGCGACGCCCCCUCGCGGCGCAAAUCCGGGAGUGUCCCGCAGAGCGUGCGCACCGGCGGGGCGGGGCGGGAACUCAGGGACGCCAGGAUCCGGCCUGGUGCGCGUAGGCGGGGGUGCCCCAGGGGCGCAUCCUAACGCGAGCCCAUGGCCGAGGUGACCGAGCCAGACCGAGGGGCGACGGAGAGCACGGAGGUGGAGGCGGUGGAGACGCCGGGCUGGAAGGCUCCGAAGGACGCGGGGCCCCAGCCCGGAAGUUAUGAAAUCCGCCACUACGGACCAGCCAAAUGGGUCAGCACUUGUGUGGAGUCUAUGGACUGGGAUUCAGCCAUCCAGACUGGCUUUACAAAACUGAACGGUUACAUUCAAGGCAAAAAUGAGAAAGAGAUGAAAAUAAAGCUGACAGCUCCAGUGACAAGCUACGUGGAGCCGGGCGCAGGUCCUUUCAGUGAAUCUAGCAUUACCAUUUCCCUGUACAUCCCCUCUGAGCAGCAAUCGGAUCCUCCCAGGCCUUCAGAGUCCGAUGUCUUCAUUGAAAACAGAGCUGAAAUGACUGUGUUUGUGCGGUCUUUCGAUGGAUUCUCAAGUGGCCAAAAGAAUCAAGAACAACUUUUGACAUUAGCAAGCAUUUUGAGGGAAGAAGGAAAAGUUUUUGAUGAAAGGGUCUUCUAUACUGCAGGCUACAACAGUCCUUUCCAGUUAGUCAAUAGAAAUAACGAAGUGUGGUUGAUUCAGAAGAACGAACCCUCCAAAGAAAGUGGAUAAGAAAUGAAAGGAAGGUCAUUGCCAGGGGCAAACCUUCUAUUUCAUAUAGACAUCAACAGCACCUGUAAGUGAGGUGUGUACCUAGUGUCUUCUACUUGGAAGUAAUGCUUUGAAUUACACUUAUUUCCAACAUGCCUUUUUAAUGCUUGGAGCUAUAUUUAGAUACACAGGGAAUGGGACAAAUCUGUAAACAUGACCUCUGUUUCUGUGAAAAUCCAGGAAAUACCAUUUCAUUUUCCUCUUAUACUGUUACCCUCACAUUGCCUUCCCCUGCUUUGCCUUAUGACACUUGAAUGUUAUCCCCUCCAGAUAAUAGGAAUAAAAAUAUUAAAGAUUUAUCCUGCAUGGAAAUCUGAGGCUGUCAGCCCAAAGAAGUGAAAUUCAGCUAGACACAAAAAUAAACUGCCUUUUGCUGCUGCCGCUAUUACA